GAGGGGAUAGAGCGACCAAAAGAGGAAGCAGGGCAUUCUGCUUCAGUCUCUGUGCCUGUCUCUAUCCACUCGUCCAUCCCGAGGUAGGUCAGUCACACCUAGAAGAGGAAUCAACACUUUUGCGACCCUCCUCCUGCCACGUGAUCCAAAGUACAGGGCUACCUGUAUCCAUUUCUCUCUCUGCAAAGCACAGGGGAAGCCGGCAAAAUUUCUUACCUUGAGGACCUUGACCGGGAAGCGUCAGACGACGAGAUGGGUAGCGGAGCAAGCGCAGAAGAUAAGGAAAUGGCCAAGAAGUCCAAAGAGCUGGAAAAGCAGCUCCAGGAAGAUGCUGAUAAAGAAGCAAAAACUGUCAAACUUCUGCUGCUGGGUGCUGGCGAGUCAGGGAAGAGCACCAUUGUAAAACAGAUGAAAAUUCUCCAUCAAGGUGGUUACACAAAAGAAGAACAAAUGGAGUUUCGAUCUAUUAUUUUUGGCAACAUCCUGCAAUCUGCUAUGGCCAUCAUCAGAGGCAUGGAGAUGCUGGACAUCAACUUUGGGUCACCAGCAGCACAGGAGGAUGGUCAGAAGCUCCAGAACCUGGCUGACUCCAUUGAGGAGGGCACCAUGCCUCCAGAGCUGGCAGACGUCAUCAAGAGGCUAUGGAAGGAUUCAGGUGUGCAGGCCUCGUUUGAGAGAGCUGCUGAGUACCAGCUGAACGACUCUGCUGGAUACUACUUGAGUGAAAUGGACAGAAUCUGCAAACCUGACUACCUCCCCACCGAGCAGGAUGUGCUGAGAUCUCGAGUCAAGACUACUGGUAUUAUUGAGGAACAGUUCUCCUGCAAAGAGCUCCACUUCAGGAUGUUUGAUGUGGGUGGCCAGAGGUCUGAGAGGAAGAAGUGGAUUCAUUGUUUCGAAGGUGUGACUUGCAUCAUCUUCUGUGGAGCCCUGAGCGCUUACGACAUGGUGCUGGUAGAAGAUGAUGAAGUGAACCGCAUGCAUGAGAGUCUCCAUCUCUUCAACAGUAUCUGCAACCACAGGUUCUUCGCUACAACUUCCAUCGUGCUUUUCCUCAACAAGAAAGAUCUCUUCCAGGAGAAGAUCAAGAAAGUCCACCUGAGCAUCUGUUUCCCUGAAUAUGAUGGUCCAAACACAUAUGAAGAUGCCAGCAACUAUAUCAAGGCUCAAUUUCAAGAUCUGAACAUGAAGAAGGGAGUGAAGGAAAUCUAUGCUCACAUGACCUGUGCCACAGACACAAAGAACGUCGAGAUUGUGUUUAACGCUGUGACAGACAUUAUCAUCAAAGAAAACCUUAAGGACUGCGGUCUGUUCUAAACACUAUCUUUUUCAAAGGCUUUCUACCCCAUCCCCACCUGCAUGAUUGGAAUUACUCUGGUGAAGUUGUCACAGUAACAAAAGAACAUCCACAGGUGGCAUGAAGGUGAACUCAACAGCAAGCAGUCAAGUGUGGUCAGCAGAUCCCCGGCCAAAGAACAAGCUCAACAACCUAACCAAACCUCAGAGACUAGAUCCAGAUUAGACUAAUGGCCUCUGCUCUCCAAAGGGACUCUAAAAACAUUUCCUGUCAAACUGCUAGUAGUCAAUGAGAGAAGGAUUACCAAAGAAAGGGGAGUUUUGAUGCUACGAGUUAUUGAUGCUUGUAGAGAAGCUUCCUCUCAAUGUGUUUUAAUGUUAAACCUAUAGAGGUAUGACUGUUAGAUGUUUUUUCCAUCCAUUUCCAGAAAAAGAAAAGUACAUUUAAUGCAAUUAAAUGUUGCGGUAUUAAAGAAAUUGAAGUGGGAUCCCAUCAGAUCCCAUGGUAACAAUUAGAAACAUUCGUAUAUGUACAGCAUCUGGUCUCGAGAGUUAAAUCUUGCAUAUCAGCAAGACCUGAUUGUUUGAAUUCAGCCAGCUCACACAAUAUAUGAAAGAUGUUUUUUUUCAGCCCCAAACACAGUAGGGCAGUAUGUUUUGUAAAUAAGAGUAGGCAAAAGAAAAACUGUUUCAAAAAAAGAUUCUAUAUAAAAUAUGUAUGGAGACAUAAAUCUAUUUAUUUAUGAUACAGUAACAAGUGAAAAUUCUAGAAUGGCCUGUUGCUUUGUUUAAAGCCUGAGGUCUGAAUUUGUGGAGAUGUUCUGGAAUGUAAAUGUAGGCAGAUGAAAUAAAGACUUGCAUCAGUUCCACUG